GCACUGUUCCAGGUCAUUCUUGAUUUUCCUACGAGCAGCACAUUCUAUCUUCUGAGCCCAUGAAGUUCGCCAUCGCAACACUUAUUUCCGCUGCCGCGAUCCUUGGCAUGACCGAAGCCGCAGAUUACAUCACAGUCGACCCUGCCACCCUCACCAAAGUAAACCCUGAGAACCAGCUCCCAGGCCCCGUAACAUCGACCUCCACGGCGAACCCCGCUCUGUUCAUGGGGAUUGGUCCCGAGAUAUUCCCUGGUGAGCCAGGCUACAAGGACCCGUUCGCCUCGUCCGUCAGCGGCAGCGCCUCGGGCAGUGCCGGCAGCCUCGCUACCUCCUGCAGCCCAACCUGUCCAAAUGACAAGGACCCCGUUUGUGGAACGGAUGGCGUCACCUACGACAAUUCGUGCAAGCUUGGCCUCGCAGCCUGCCUCAACCCUCUCAAGGGUAUCGCAAAGAAGUCUGACGGGCCGUGCAAGUAAAUGUGAAAUCAGCCCAUACCAACGACAAUGAAAUGUACGAGGUGUAUACGUUCUCUUGUGUAGUUGGUCUGGAAGUCGCUGUAGCCACGAAUGUACGAAAAACUGUUCUCCAAAUACGAUACUUCUUGACAGCCCUGUUCCAUAAAAAACAAAACGAAAUAUACCGAUUUUCCUAAAUAUAUUGCAAUUUGCAAACACUG